CUACCGCAAGUUGUAGACGUUCCGCAAGUACCGAAGUACCUCAAUCAGAUCUCAAGUUGAGCCUUGGCCCGUUAGUCACGUAGCCGGCACAUUCGUCAGUCUCCGCUUCGCGUCGUAAUACCUCGUUCACGGCCCAACAACUGUGACUUUCAUUCUGAGGCAUUUCGGCACUUGUCCCUUGCCUGCAGAAGAGCCGUACUCCAGGUUGACCAGAGCGCAAUUAACAGCAACCCCAAGGAGAAUCUCGACCCCCCACGAGUUUCCGACAGCAAGUAAGUGGUCACUCUACGCGUCAAGUUAACUGCGGUUUUCGUAAAGUUGCUCGCUCGCGGUAUUGUGCGGUUUUUUCACACGCGAAUCAAAUCGGCCAAGGACGCAAAGACAUCGACGAGAGUCUGAUAAUUACAAACGCGCGCGCGUGUACAAAGUACAGGAUCCGCUGUCACGUCAAGCGUAGCCAUCGUCAGGGCGUUAAAAAGAAACCGCGACGGACGCGUGUCGGAGCUUACGCCGGGGGCGUCACCGAGGUCGCCGUCGAAGCCACCAAAGCUGCAAUAGUCCCAACGGUUUCUGGGAGCGUACUCAGUUGUCCACUCGAAGAGCACCGAUAAUGGCCAAAGUGAUGAACACCCGUGCCUCGACGAGCUUCGGCUACCAGCACCACGCCAUGAUCUCGGCCUACAGGACGAGUAAGGCUGCCCCGGCGUUCAGCGCCUCCUCCUCCUCGUCCUCGUCGAGUUCCUCGUCCCCGACGUACCCUCUGUCCCCAAGCUCCUCUGCGUCGUCCUCCCCGAGCGCCAUUUCGCCCUUGUCCUCCUUCUCGCUGUUCCAACAGCAGAACCUGCAACAGCAACGGGCCACGGUCAACAAUGACAAGAGCAGUGGCACGGCGCUUGGGCCAGUUGGCAGCGGCCGCACCAUACUUUAUCCUUUCAACCAGAGCCUCGAAGAGGAGCUCAACCGGCUCUUCGCCACCUUCUUGGUUGCCACGCCCUCGGCCCCAAAGACUAAUCCAGUAUGGGAGGAGUUUAAACACAAUGGAAGAGAUUUUGAGUACUGUCCAGAUACUGAGAAUACUGCCCCUGCUCCAUCACCUCCGAACAAAAAGAAAAACAAGAAACCUCUUCCCACUGAAUGUGUUUUUUGCAAAAAUAAUGGUGAAGACGUUAGAAUUUAUAAGAAGCAUCUGUUGAAAGAUGCCGAUGGAAAGACAGUAUGUCCAAUUUUGAGAAAAUAUACAUGUCCGAUUUGUGGGGCUUCUGGUGACCAAGCACAUACGCUCAAGUAUUGCCCAAGUAACAAGGGUCCCAUGAAACUGGCCCCCAUGAACGUGCUCAAAUCACUGAGAAACUCGACCGGUAGGCGCCGUUCCAAGUAAAUCAUGCCAACUUCGACUUUUAUUGCCCAAUCAAGAAGGCAUUUGUAUAAGUACACAAAUGUAAAAUUGCAAAGCCAUUAUUAAAAAAAAAAAACUUAAAAAGUUUUUAUUCUUCAAAGGGUAUGUAUGCAUACAUAAUUUUUUGUCUAGCAUUUAAUGCUGUUUGCCAAUUUAUUGCAUAAUAUAUUUAAAAAUAUGCUGGCUUUGUACACUUUUCGCGUAGAUUUAUAAUCUAAUCUGUAUAUAUUAAUGAUUUUUUAUUUUCCAAAGCUUCAGCUUAAGUUGACAAGUAGCAAAUGAGAUCUUCUAUCAGAUCAGCCAUAUAAAUAAUCAAUGUUAUGAAAAUUAAGAGGUAUACAUAAGCCGACAAAACGAAUGGUUUUCAUUCUUUGAAAAAUAUGUUUUGCUAGAUUGUAUUAUUUGACAAGUAGAGUAUAUUAACAGCUUGACGAAUGUCUGCUGUUUAUUGCAUUUGAUAAUGUUUGUGUAUACAUCAAACUGAGAUUGCAAUGAAAGAUUUUUUCUCGAUUUUAUAAAACUUUUUAGUACAUUUUUACGUACAUGGAAUGAAAAGGGGGAAAAAAAUGAAAAAAAGGAAAAAAAAAGAAAUGAAUGACAAAACAACAAAAUCUUAGCUUUUUUGAUGUCAAAGAUUUCACUAAGAUUACGGUCCUCUGGUGACUGCUGGAAAUUUUUUCUAUUCAUGUCUUGUAAGCCUACGUAAUUUUGUCAUAGUUUUUUGUAUCGCAAAUCAAGAAUUUUUAAUUCUUGAAUUAUUUUUAUACGUGAUACAGUUUAAUGUUUAUGCAUUUUAAACUAAUGCUUAUUGUUACGAUAAAGACUCUCAGGGGCUAUUUGUAUAUAACUAUUUUUUAGGCCAUUAAAAGCAAUUAACUUGUUUAAAGUGAAAUUUUACUUACAAAAUUUGUUUUUAAAACGAAAUUCACCCAUUAGAUUUCCAUUAAAAAUUGUAUAUUCAAAUCUAAUUAACUAUUUUUGUCGAGAAAUUUCAGUUUUGUUGAUUAAAUUACGAUUGGUUUAUUUAGUUUUGAGUAGUAAUAUGAUAAACUGUCAAAAUUUUAAUUUCAAAAUCUGCAUAU